GUAGUGUGUUUUAAAAUAUUUAAUAUUUAAAAAUGCAAAAUAUUAUAAAAUAUAUUGAACAAUGUAAUGAUAUUUGUUAUACAUCUUAUAGAACAGCUGCAAAAAUGCAAAUUUUACAUAAAGAACUUAGUAUGCAAUAUGUUCAACUAGAAUUAAUUGCUGGAAUUUUUGAACGUCAUAGACUUUCAAUUACAGAGAAUUGUGUUAAUUUAGAUUCAAGUGAAAUUGAAGAUGUUCUUUCUGAUAUUUAUUUUGCAGCAUGCAAAGAAACUAAUACUAAUUUUGAUAUUGAUCUUGCAUCAAAAUUAGCUUUAAAUUAUAUUUUAACUACAUUUGAUAAACAAUGUACUAGAACAGUUUCUGUAUUUUCUAUAAAAGUUGCUUUAAUACUAAUUAGUUCUGGAAGAUUACAAGAAAAGUAUGGAUAUCUUUAUCAACAAUUAGCUGAUCAUAAUGCAUGCUUAUCCAAAGUUAGUUUACAUACAUUAUUAACAAAUAUUUGUAAAAUAACGGAAAUGCUUGGAGAAAGUGCAGCAUAUGGCCCACAAAAUAUUCAAUCACAUAUUGAUAAGUGUUUUUCAAAAUCUCAAGGAUGUCUUGGAGUUACUGAAUCAGAGUUUGCAACAUGGAUUAUGCAAGAACCUCCUUUAUUGAUUUGGAUAACAACAUUUAAUCGUAUGAAGUCUGCAGAACAUAUUGUACAUAAUAUUAGAUGUUCAUUUUGUAAAACAACACCAAUUCAUGGACUACGAUAUUCAUGUCUAAAAUGUGCAACAUAUCAUCAAUGUCAGCAUUGUUUCUUAUAUGGUAAAAUAUCAGGAAAACAUAAAUUAAAACAUCCCGUUCGUGAAUUUUGUACCAAGACUUCAAAUCGAGAAAUAACAAAAUUAAUUAUUGAAUUAAUUAGGAAUAAAUUGAGAUUAUGUCCUGGUAGAUCUAUUGGAUUAAAUAUUGAUGAUCAAAUUCCACAUAUAAGUACUGAAAUAAAAUAUACCGAUUGUGAAUCAGUAAGAAGUACAAUUAAAAGACGAGUUUUAAAUGAUCCACAAAAAGAACUACAAAGUAUAAUUACUCAUUUGGAAGAAGAAAAUAGACAAUUACAAGUUGAAUUGCUUGAUAUACAGGGUACUAAGGCAGAAAGACUUCAGCGUCAUAGAGUUACAAUUGAAUCGCAAUUACAACGUCUAAAAUUAUUAAAAAAAUGUUUAUUUACCGAUAGAAUUAGUAUGCCUCAAGUAAUUAAUUAUAUGCAAAGUACACCAAUGGUUCCUUCUCUUUCAUCACGAUUAACAUCCUUACCUAUAAAUUUUGAAUUAAGUCCAAUUAUUCAACAAGAAAAUAUAGAACAUAUUUCAAAUGUGAAUGAUACAGAUAUACAAACAAAUAAUUUUAAUCCAUUAACUAGAAAUUGUAUUAGUGAACAAAAUUAUGAUGUUAUUGAUUCUAGAGAAGCAUCUACAAGUAUAAAAUUUAAUAAUAUAUUAGAACCUACUAAAAUAGAAUUAAGUACAUGGAUAGGAGGUACAAAAAGAUCAGAUAUAAAUCCAUCUGAUAGCGGUUUUUCUCAAUGGUUAAGUUCUAACAAUUCAAAUUGCAAAGAAGAAAAAUAUUCAAUAAAAACUAUGACUAAUACUGAAAAAGAAUCAUUACCUAUAUCUGAUUCUCUCAUAAGUAUUCACAGAGAUAAUACACCAUCAUCUUUACAAAGACCUGAUAAACAUUCACAACAUAGUAGCUUACAAAAUAUUCAAGGUGAUCUAAAUGACAUACUAGAUAGAUUACAAAAUAUGGUUACAGAUGAUCGUUUAUUAGAUGAUUCUUAUGUUGUUAAUGACAAUUGCAAAUUAAAGCGAGCUACUACAGAAAUGGAAGAUUUAUUAACAGGACUUAUUCAAGGUAUGGAAUCUCGCAAGAAUAAGCUUACUACUAUUGUAUAAUUAUUAAUCAUAAUUAAUAUUUUGUAAUUCUAUCUUAAAUAUUUACAAAAUAAAUAUUUCCGUCCAUAUAAUUUGAACU